AUGGUGCGAAUUUUGAGGACUAAAUUAAAAUUACCCUCUACAAUCAUGGAGCCGUUUUCAGAAACAACCUGGAAGUACACAACGCUGCCCAAUCCCGAGUGGACUCCAGGGUCAGGAGCGUCAAAUGAUGAGUGGAAAAAGUACAAAAAAAUUGCAAUUGAUCCAUACGACUCCAACCGUGAGCCAGUCGACAAUUACAAAAUGUUGAUAUCCGCCGUUGUUCCUCGGCCUAUUGGGUUUGUUUCCACGGUGAGUACUAAUGGUAUGAAGAAUUUGGCUCCGUUUUCCUACUUUACAGUCAUGAACCAUGAUCCGCCAAUUUUCUCAUUGGGGUUUUCCGCUAUGACAGGAAAGUACAAAGAUACCUGUGCCAACAUUUUGCAAACUGGCGAGCUCACCAUCAGUAUCAUCUCAGAGUGGUUUCUCGAGGCUGCUAAUUUCUGUGCUAUAAAUGCUCCUUCUGAAAUUGACGAAUGGGAACUUUCUGGAUUGACUCCAGUCGAGUCGCAAAAGGUUAAACCUCCACACGUCGCCGAGUCUGCGUUCUCUAUCGAGGCCAAACUAGUGAGUCACCACGAGUGGAAGUCUAAAUCAAAUCCAGAGCUCACCAGUGGAGUCACAUGUCUCGUAGAGGGAAUCAACUUUCAUGCUCGUGAAGAUGUAGUCGAUGAAGAAAAGAAGAUCUUGGACAUUUCCAAGUUGAAGCCAGUGUCGAGGUUGGGAGGAAUCACAUAUGGCCGCACCACCGAGGGCUACCAGCUUCCAAGGCCAUCGUACAAAUGA